UAAGAAUUGGUACUGUAUGGAAAGUUUAUAAUUUGUUUCUUUAUUUUUUGGAAAUAUUUCAGGAUUUGCACACAAAACACGCUUCAUGGAUUAAAGCAUAAAAUACCUAAGAAUAUUUAAAAUACAAUUUCUAUGCUUGGAUUUAUUGAUAUUGAUAUUCAUUAUAUUGUAUGUUUUUAUUUUGUAAGUGUCAAUUGGAGUAUGAGUAUCUUGUUAACAAAAAAAUAAGUUCGGUGAAUACAAGAUUUAAAAUUGCCAAUGCAUAAAUGACAGCUGCAUAAUAAGGGACAGGGGUGCUUAUUAACAGAAAUAUUUUCUAAGAAGAAAAUAAAAAAUUAUGAGCGAACCCAUAGAACAUAUACUAAAAGGACAAACCGAAGGUGGUCAUGUCAUGAGACUCGUGAGUCAUCUAUCUAUUGCGAUGCUCAUGAUUUUGAUGUUGAUUCUAAUGUCGGAUGUAGUCGGAUGCGACUUGACGUGACUGCUCUUAUUCUGAUUCGUUCUGGCUAAAUUUUAUCGAUAAGUGAAUAAAAUAGCUAGUUCCUCUACAACUUUCGAAAAUGACGACACUUAGGCCCUUCACGUGCAACGAUUUGUUCAAAUUCAAUAAUGUGAAUUUGGAUCCACUCACAGAAACAUAUGGGCUUUCAUUUUAUAUGCAUUAUCUUUCACAUUGGCCGGAAUACAUUCAAGUAGCAGAAUCUCCAAGUGGUGAAAUUAUGGGUUACAUCAUGGGUAAAGCUGAAGGCCAUGGGGAAAAUUGGCAUGGACAUGUAACAGCUCUCACAGUUUCUCCUGAUUAUAGAAGGCUGGGUCUUGCUGCAAUGUUGAUGAAAUAUCUCGAGGAUGUGUCGGAAAAGAAACAAGCAUAUUUCGUGGAUCUCUUUGUCAGAGUGAGCAACAAAGUGGCUAUUGCAAUGUACCAACAAUUAGGAUAUAUCGUGUAUAGGACAGUAUUAGAAUAUUACAAUGGAGAUCCAGAUGAGGAUGCAUAUGAUAUGAGAAAAGCCCUAUCAAAAGAUGUGAAAAAGAAAUCUAUGAUUCCAUUAACACAUCCUGUAAGACCGGAAGAGGUGGACUGAAACAUCAAACUUCUUGCAUUGGCAAAAGCUGAAAAGUAACACAAAUCUACACAAAUCAUCCGUACAAAUUAUGAUAUAAUGACGUAAAAAAUAAAUCUAAUACCUAAAAUUACAAA